UUCCAGUCCGAAAAUGUCCCAGGGAUGUACAGUUUCUGUGGAAGAGAUCCAGUCUUGGUGGGAAGUCCCCGCCAUAGCUCACUUCUGCUCGCUGUUCAGGACGGCGUUCAACCUUCCCGACUUCGAGAUAGAGGAGCUGGAAAAAGCUCUCUCCGAGCAGGACUUGGACUUCCUCGGGGACCUCAUUGCCUGUCUAUUGCAGGGAUGCUACCAGCGCCGCGACAUCACCCCCCAGUCCCUUAACACUUACCUGAAUGACAUCAUCAGCUACCGAUGGGAGCUGGAAGAGGGGAAGCCCAACCCCCUGAAAGAAGGCCCCUUCGAAAUACUCCCUCUUCGCACACAGGUGGAACUUAUGCACCGGCUCUGUGACUAUCGUCUAGAUGCUGCUGAUGUCUUUGACCUGCUUAAGGGACUUGAUUCAGACAGUCUGAGGGUGGAACCGCUGGGGCAAGAUGGGAAUGGAGCCCUCUACUGGUAUUUCUAUGGCACCCGUAUGUACAAAGAAGAGCCCCUCACGAAAAAAGGAGAGUAUAUCAGCAGUGACUUUUCUGAGCUAACACUGCCAGAAAAAAAGCGAAGAGGAAGGCCACCAAAGAAGAGAAGGUUUGAAGACUCUCAGCUAAGUGAUGUUGAAAAUGAAGUACUAGAAAUGAAAAUGGAAAAUGAGUUGGAGGAUCUCCCACCUAGCACAGGUUCUGAGCGAGGCACUUGGUCCCUUGUGUGUGAAACAGAGGCCCAGUGGGUUAGCCUAGCAGAGAGCAUCAAAAACAAAACCUCCCCACAGGACCGCCACCUCUACCGUGUCAUAAGCCAGAACUUCCUGCCUGAGAUCAGAAACAUGAUUGAGCACAAGGAACGGGAGCAAAAACAGAAACUACUGGAUCCAUGUCCAGUCCGCAUUUCACAACGGUUCUCUGAAACGCACAUAACCCAUGUGGGGGAGGACAAUCUAAAGGCUGUGGCAGAGGAGGACAAAAAGAAGGAUGAAGAACUAGACCGACAGGUCCUACUGGCUGAGCAGCGGCGAGAAGAAGAAAGGAUUCUGCAGGAAGAACGACAGAGAGAGAAGAUGGAAAAGAUCAAGGCUGUGGAGGAACGAGCAAAAAGACGGAAGAUGCGGGAGGAAAGGGCCCAAUUGCUAUCUGAAGGAGUGGAUCUACCACCUGAGCUCCUGAAUGUCGAUGCUUCUUCCCCUGUCCAUAGAACACGCAAAAAUAAAGAAUUCUACGAUAUCGAUGAUGACUACACUGCUCUAUAUAAAGUGCUUGAGGCCUUGAAAGCCCAUAAAGAUGCUUGGCCUUUUUUGGAGCCUGUGGAUGACUCCUAUGCCCCCAAUUACCACGAAAUCAUCCAGACUCCCAUGGACCUGUCAACCAUUGAGAGGAAGCUUAAUGAUGGGGAGUAUGUUACAAAGGAAGAAUUCAUUGCUGAUGUGAAGCUCAUGUUUGAAAAUUGCACAGAGUACAAUGGAGAAGACAGUGAAUACACCAUCAUGGCAGAGUCUCUGGAGCGGUGUUUUAGCCGGGCCCUACUGAAACAUUUCCCAACAGAGGAUGGUGACACAGAUGAAGAAUUCCAUAUCAACCAGGAGGAGAAGGAGCGCAAGGAUAAAAAGCGUAACCGUGGAAAUAAACAUUUGGGACCUGAAAGUUUGAUCAAGGCUACUGAGCAAGUUCAACGUAAGAGAAACCCCUACGGGGGCAAGGAAAGCACGCCCUCAGAGGAAGACAACAAGCUUACACGACCACCCUCUCAUUGGUCCAAUGCCCCCCCUCAUCACCGCAGCCUUCCCCCAGGACAACAACUAAUCCAUGAAGGAAACAUCAGGGGCAUGUAUCACCCAGGGCAACAGCUCUAUCGACCCCCAGGUCCUCACGGUGCCCAUAUGUAUGGCCAGAGGAUGCCUAUGGAUCCUCGUUUCGCCUAUCAAGCUCACAUGCCCAGGCAUGGAAACCCCAACUAUAACCGCUUGCCCAACAAUUUUAACAUGCAGCAUCAUCACAUGGUUGAAGGCCAUCAAAUGGGCCCUACCUAUCCAGUGGGCCCAGAUCCACACCAGCAACAGCACCAUUACAUGGGUCCAACUCAUGGUCCAUCUCUGGGCCCACGUCCGGUGGCGCUCCAGCCUAGACCUCCUCCAGAAGCCAGCAUGUACCCAUCUCACCAUCGCCCAGAAGGACUUACAAUGCACCCCAUGGGCAACAGGUUCUCAGGUCCUGAGGGGCCACCUCAGCACAAUUACCCAGCCUUAAGGCCUGCUGGUUAUCAGCCAUCAAAUAUGUGGACUGGUAUGAAUCACCAGGAAAGACCAAAUGGAAUACGCAUUCAGAAUCCUAAUAUGUUGAAUCAGCGAAACUUUAAUUAUGGUGGGGUUCCACCCCCAGCUGGACAUAAACCCUGGCCAGAAGCUGCUGGAUACCCCAACCCUCCUCCAAAUGACCAGUUUCAAACGUCUGCAGCAAUCAGCUCCCCUGUGCCUAUCACGUCACGCCCCCCUGUUCCCCACCCAGACUGUUCUGGCAAGACACGCUUGGCUUCCAUGCUGGAAAGCCCAGAGAUGCUGGCCCUGCAGCAGCUGUCAGCCUCUUCUGGACCCCCUGCUGGUGCCCCUCAUCAGCACAUGGGCAACUUUCAGCAGCCUGGGCCCCUAUCAGCAAUUGGCAGCAUCCCAGCUCACCCCUCUCAGCAGCUCCCCCCUGCCCCUGAGGUUCAGCUGCUGCGUUCUGCUAGAGACAAUGGGCCAGACAACCAGCCUUCCCAACAGACAGACAUGGAGCUCAAAGGUACAACUUUAGAUAACACAAUGGCAGCAAACAAUGGUGAUGAAAAUUCAUCACAAAAAAACAUUGUUGAAGUGAACAAGGAGGAGCCAUCCAUUUCUAGCUCCACUGGGAAGUACGUUGGGCCAACAGAAGGAAUGCAGAGCCCCCCAACACUUAACUUGGGCAGCUCACAGGAGAAUUCUCCUGGACAAAGGCUUCCACUGAGUUCAACAAUGAACUACAAGCAGGAGGUUGAUGGCCAGACACAGUCUGCCAGCCCAAAUCCUCCUCAGCACAACAGUGGUAGUACUGUUUCAUCAUCUCCUGACACAAGUAGCAGUUCCACUGAUACUGCUCCACCCAAGCCCACUGUGAACAUUGCAUUGUCUCCCAACAAUAAUCCAACAUUGCAUAUUGCAGCAUCUCAGCAAAGGAUAGAGAAUAGUUUACCGCACAUGCAGAACACCCUUCAGCAAAGUGAACACCAGCAGAGCAUCAAAACGAAACCUCAGGCAAGUCACGGUACCCCUCCUCAGUGCUCUCCCCAGCCAAUAGCACAAAACACACAACGUUCUACACAGCACAGUCCCCUGCAUGGAAUGCCACAAAGUGCCUCUCAAGGAGCUCAGCCUGGACGCCCUCAGCCAGCCCCUCUUACCUCUUUGCCACCCAGCCACCCUACACCAUUAUUACCCUCUCAGCCUAGCCCAGCAGACCACGGAGAUCAAAGACCUAGUGAGCCUACAAGUAGACGGGACCCUGAAGACACUGCUGUUUCUCCACAGCACAACAUGGUGAAGUCUGCUCCUCAGAAUGGUAUUUUUAAACACCAAAACAUUAACUCUAAUCACCACCAAACCCAGCUGGUGAAUAUUAAUCAAGGAAUGCAGGACCAGAGAGGACCAGCACCUGGUCAAAAUCCAGUCAUGCCUCCUCACUCUCAAGGCCAGGUAAACGGAGCUAUGGGUCCAUACGUCAUAGGAAAUCCACCAAAUUCACACUACAAUCGUUCCGAUAUGACCAGACCCAUGCCCCCAUCUGCCCACCACCCCUAUCACAACCAGGAUGUCCAUCCAUCGCUCCAAAAUGCAGCUCAUCACCCUGCUUACCACCAGCAGGGAGCGGCUUCCUACUCGUACCAUAUGUCAGGCCAACGGCACCCUCAAGCCCACUCAGACAUAUACCCAACUCAUCAAUACCAGCAACAACAUUACUACUCCCAACCCCAUCCUCAAGCCCAGAUCCAUAACCAAGCCAGCAGUAGAGGUUAUCCCCCAGAGGAAUGGAAUCGUUCUCGUUAUCAGCCAAUGCCAACCAAUGCCUACCUACCUGUAGCCGGUGCCAGAGGCACCGUUUUGUCGAAAGAGAUCAGUGUUUCACCACUGGGAUCUGAGGGCUCCAGUGCAGCUAGUUUAGUCUCCCCUGGCACGGUUUCUGAAGCUGGGCCACACUCUGGAGGUCCUGAGGAAUUAAAGAGUGAGAGUAGGGAGCAAGGCAGCGCAGGCAGAAGCAGUGGUGGAAGUCCUGCAAAGCAGGUUCAUUUGGAGGGCUCAGAGCGACCCGAAAGCCCUAAAGAUAUUCUGGACCUUGAUAGCCAUAAUGCAGCGGCACGGCGCAUCCAGCCACUUCAACAACACCUCUCUGCUUCUGCUGCACAAAUGACAUCUGGCUUUAUGUACGACCCUCGUGCCAUGCAUUCUGGGAUGCAGCAAGGAGGUGUUGCUCCACCACACAUGAUGUCCCAGUCUGGAGGACUUGGAAACAGAGCCCCGUAUCCCGGACAGCUAUAUCCAGAUCAAGGACGGUACGCUGCCCAGAGACCCCACCCACACUUAAUGGAGGCUUUGCAGCGACCCCAGCAGCUGCCCUAUUCCCUUGGUCAAGCACGCAUGGCAAUGUAUGGACGUCCACGGCCUACAGGACACUUCCAGGGCAUGAUGAUUCAGCAUAGAGGCCUGGCACCAGAACACUUUCUACACCCAGGGCAACAAAUGAUGGCUGCUCCCGGUGCCCCGAGCAGUAAACAGGGAGUGUGACCAAGAUGUGUUGGCAAGGAAGAUGAGGCGAAAGCAGUGUGCUCAAAAGACGUGCACAUGGUGACCGGGCUGUCGGAGACUCUGUGAUUCACAUACAUGUUUUAAUUAUAUUCUUACACUGGACAAAAACCUGCCCACCACUGGACUUAAUUAUUCAACCAGGCAACUGGUGUCACUAAGAUUUUAAUGUGAAAUGUUACUGAGCCCUGGAGAACAAUCUUCUUUUAAUGUCCUUCACACAGGUCAGAACACAGUAACUCUGGGGGUAGACUGGAUGCUUCACCAGAACAGUCGUUUCUAAAGGUGUUUGAACUUAGAACCUCAUACAGAAGGGCUUUUUAACCACUAGGUCAACCUGCCAAACACAGGAAACACUGCCUUCAAGAACACUGGACAGCCCAUCUCUUCUUUGCGGUUCAAAAUAUGGAUGGACUAAAAACUGCCUGAUUAUUUUGUUCACUGUGCUUAGUGGAAAUGUAAAUCCACAGUCAGAUCAGAUGAGAAGAAGGGCCGGUUGUUUCACUAUUUUCUUAUCCAACCAUAUCUUUAAACUCAGGUGUAGGGAAGGAGGUACUAUGAGAUCACCCCAGCCCAGUGAACUCACAGCCCCCUUUGCAACUGCCUUGAUAUCCUUUGUGAAUGUACGAGUGAAUGUGUAAGAGCAGCACAUUAGCUGCAUGUAAAAAGGUCUAGUUACUGUCCAUUUCUAUCCCAACUCUAACAAUGUUUCUCUACUUAUGGAGUAAACACAGUAUAUGCAUCUUUCGGAGCUGCCUUCACUGAGAAUGUCUUUCAGUAGCAGAGAGGGACUGAUAAAGAUGACAUUAUCUGAAUAUACCUGCACUAUGGAUUUUGCUAGUUUGAACAUCCUGGAAAUGAGUGGCCUUGGAUAGAUUUUUAGUCAAUGUCUGGUAACGUAUAGAUUUAUGGAAAAAUUACAAACCUUGACGGUAGAGAAGUAUCUCUUAACCUAGGUGAGAAGAAAUCUGAAAUUCUCAGCAAUUGUCUGACAUGUCCUACUAUAGAUGCAUUCACAUGAAAUUCAGCUGUUUUUUGUGAUUUUUGCAUUCCAGUUACAGGUCUGUAGCUUUAGUUCUUUCUUCAUUCAAAGCCCUGCUCUUUGCGUGGCUGCUUCUUUGAGUGCUUUCUCUUUCCUCUUACUGAAUAUACUACACAUAUCCUCAGGGUGUACAGUUUCUAUAUACGGGUAUUUUUCUGAAUUAUUGUUUAAAGCAUGAAAAGAAGCAUAAGGAAAGCUGGCCUGCAGCUGUGGCAAAUGCACCACCUCACAUUUUAGGGUAUUUAUUCAGUGUCCUUAACAAUAUUUGGCUUGGCACACUGCCAACCUUUCACCUUUGGUUUGAUUUUACAUUUUUAACUAUGAUUGGAUUUGCAGUGGAUCUAAUUUGAAUUGUUCUACAUUCCCGUUGAUUUGUUUUUUUGACACAUUGAACAGAAGCCGAUUUAUAUUUAUAAUAAAUGGUAACAUCAAUGUUGCACAUAUGAGCCCCACUUGAUCAGCAAUGGCAGCAAAUGAAUCUACCUCAUACAGCCAGUCGGCGGCAUCACAGUCUCUUCUUCUGCCAGACUCCUGUGGGACAACCUUUGAUUACGAGCUAAUGAUGUUAGCAAAAUUCAGAGCUUAACAUCAUAGGGAAAAAUAUAUAUGUUGCUGAAAAAAAUGCUUCCAUAAUUAUUCAGCUGUGAGUCUGGUAUUAACUGCAGGUAUUCUGGAAAAGAAGAAACCCCUUCAAAGUGUACACUAUUAUCUGAAUGGGACAGUAGUUUCAUACUUAAGUUUUAAUUCCUGAAUAUAUUACAUCCAAUGCGUGAGGUGGGGGUUUGUUGUGCAGAUUGCAUGCGAUGUUGAGGGUCUGUGAUAUACUACAUAGUCUGGCAGCAUUACAAUGUCCUUAGUAAUAGGUACCUGAGACAUUAUAAUGACAUACUGGAGGAUUAUGGCAGAACAUGGUAGAAGCUGUCAGACAAUUUUAUAAAUGUGUCACCUGAGACUUGUUAAAAUAGGAAAUAAUUCCAAUGCUGAGUGAGACACUUUGGGCUCACUUGAGCUACACUUUGGAGGUAGUGCACUGUCUGAAGUUUGAAGGACAGUGUUGUGUGGGUGUGUGUUGUUUCUUUUUUUUUUUUUUUUUUUUUUAAAGGUCUGUGAGGUUGUGAUACCGUCUUAUGCUGUUGUACAGAUGUGUGUGUGUGUGUGAAUGAAUGUUUUCUUCUGGUGCUUAGAAUCUGCACCAGAUUAUAGGAAGUGUGACAACUCACUUUUCUCUGCUGUCAUCUCUCUGCACUAGUGAAAUACCAUUUAGACAUGAUUAAAUGUGAAUCAUAUUUAUUUGCUCUUUUAAGAAUGUUUGUACAUUUUUGGACUUGUUUUAAUAUAAAUGUGGUGUUUGUUUCUUUUUUUUCUCCCCCCCAUUGAUGUUUUUGAGCAGUUGUCUUUUACCUCAAUAAUAGGUGGCAUUGAAAAAAAGACUUGUACCUUUCUUUCUUAAGUGACGUUUACAAGUUCAUAUCUGACUGAUUAUAGGUUAUUUUGGAAAUUCAAUUGAGUAUUUUCUAAACUUUACAUUAAUUAGAAAUAAAUAGCUUUUCUCAAACAAGUUUGUUUAAUCAUUACUGUGAAUGCCGUUACGGCAAAAACAAAACAUGAAGGUUAGUCAAGCCUAUAAUGCUUUAAAACACGGACAGGCAAAGAGAACGAGGGCCAGUGUAGCUAUUAAUCUGCUUGAGCAGCUCACACCAUCAGGCUCAAUUAGAGCUUAUCCAGUUGAUGCUCAUGCACUGUGCCAAGGGUGUAAGGCUUCCUUCAAGGGGCUGUUUUCACACAACAAGUUAUGUUGUUUUGUUUUGGCUUAACAAGGACAAAAUUCGUCUGCGGUGAAGUGCAGAUGAACUAUAAUGAGGGGACUUCAAUUCAGCAUAAUUAGACAACAUUUUUUAAAUUUUAAACAAAUUAAUGGUGAAAAAGAAAUUAAGCACUUUUUACUUCAUGCACUUAUCCUAUAUAAUAAAUAUUGCCCUCUCCGAAAAUGGAGCACAAUUUAAUUUUGUUAGUGUUAAGAUGAAUUAUGACUUUUAUUUGCUACUAUACAGUUAUUGGCUAAUGGUGUUCUUCAACAAUUUUAAUUGUCAGGAGUUGGAAUGAAGGUGUUUUUUGAUUGUUUUGAAUAUAAUUUGAGAAUAAACCAUUAUAUUAUCAAA